AUGUGGCCAUUCACCAGCAGCAGCGGCAGCAGCAAAGACGACGCAUCCAAGCAGGAAGAAAUUGGCAAGAACCUACCGCCAGAUUUGAAAGAUUUCUUACUAAAAGAAGACCCCGAGACAAGAAAUGUAAAAGAUGACCCCUCGGAUGGUCCCUACAAAUUUGAAUCAGCAAAACACAUGAAACAGGUCCAUCGCGUGCUAUCGAAGCUUCCGGCAAAAACCCGUAAGGAAGAAUAUGAGUUUGAAAACUAUAAAGGUGCAAACCAGUUGGAUAAAACCGUGGCCGUCAAUUGCGCCGAGUUGGAAUAUAACUUGUACCAAUGCCAUCAGCAGCAUUCGUCAUUCUUUGGAAGGCUCAACCUUUCCUGUGGAGACCAAAAGGACCGGUUACAAAAUUGCAACAGCUUGCAAGCUGACGGACUAAAAGUGAUGCAUUAUCAAGAUUGCUAUGAUAUUCCUCAGUGCUUUGCGAUAAAGACGUUCGUUGAUGCUGCGUUUGUCAAGAACUUUGGCUCUUUGGGUGAAAAGAGCGAGGAUUUGGAUAGAAUCGACCAAUUUUAUAAAGAUCUAAAUGCUGCUUUCAACCAGGUCUGGUGA